UCUUUCUCUCCUCUACCUCUCUCUUUUUUCAUCCGUCUCCUUCCCCUUCUCGCUCUAUCUCUUCCUCCUUUCCUCUUUCUCUCUCUCUCUCCGUGUCAUGCUCAACACCCUCGUUCCUCUUAGACUCUAAUUCCUCGCUGUAACACCCUUUGCGGACGCGCUUCCUCUUGACAGAUCCAAAUUUACCCUCCGUCGUGUUCCCGUAAUUGCAGAGAGAAAUCCAGUCGCUCCCUUCCCCUACUACCUAGCCUCAGUCACUCUCUUUAAUCACAAUUCGCCCCACCCGAGGGCACCACUUUCCUUUUAAUCGGGAUACAAUGGCUGACACCGCCGAGGACACCACGCCACCCGCUCCUCCACCGUACGAGCGUAUCAACGAUCUCUCAGCGUUCGACAGACAUCCUCUCGAUAUGCUCUUUGAACAUUACGGCGUAGCCAAGGUCUCUAUCGAUUCCACCGUCCCCAUAGGAGACACCCUCAACAUGCGCAUCACCAGAGAACACGGCAGCACCUUCCCCUCUCACGUCCUCUACGUGCACAACAUCGAUGCCGACGUGAACGACCCUCCUAUCCUGGUCCCGAUGCAAGCCUCCCGCUGGACGUUCGUGACCGGAGACGCUCUUCCCCAAACUGCGGCGGGAUCGCCCUCCCCCCUCCCGUUCCGCAUGGCGUCCGGCUCCAUCUUCAUGACGCUCCCGGUCGUGCCUGUCGCGGUCAACCACGUGCCGUCGAUACCGCUCCUGCUCGUGCUCAGCAUGGGACUCGCAGAGGUCAGCAGUGGCGUCUGCUGUCUCAUGCUGCCGGCGGAUGUCAUCGCCGAGUUCCCGGCGGAAGAGGCCAUGGUGGAGAAAAUGGCACGCACCUGCUCGGUGACGAAGCUCCUCGCCUUCAAGCAGUUCAACGAGGGAUUGUGGCGCAACGCCCUCUCCUUGCCGCUGAGCGAGGCGCACGACGGACUUGGUGGAAAGUUCAAAGACGCGUACAAUACUUCCACGAAGGCGCUGUCCACGAGGCGCCGAUGGGAAGCGUCCAGGCAGGACUGAAAACUGCGCCUGGAACGUCGCAUUGUACGUACACGUUGUUCGUUUUUCUCUGUCAUGUUCAUAGCUAUCCCUCGCUUUGUGUCGCUUUCGCUCUUGCUAUAUUUUUGGCCCUCAUGAUCGUCUCCUCUCACCAGUUCUCUCCCUUAUUCAGACGCUCGUACGAAAUAUUGCCUUCACGAUGAUCAUGACCAUCCCCAUACAUCCUCCCCUCUCUGCUCAAGUUCGCCACCUACAGUACAGCGUGCCCAUUCGUUACCGCUAACUCGCAUUUGGAACGGAAAUCUUAUUACUCACAUAAUCAUUUGAACUUUAUCUCUCUACAUACAGUAGUACGCAGUAGUACUCAUCAUUCCACCAGCCAAACAGCCUCCUCCAGUGACAAUAUAAUACAGUGCUCGC